CUGCAGUGCACAGCGACGAUGAGAAGCAAUCCAUGUCGCGCGCCUGCGUUUCCCGAUUAUCAACACCAAUUCGCUCGUUCGUGACAACUGGUUUGGUGGAUCGUGAUUGCACGGCUUCAAUUACUUACGCCCCUUAUUUUGCGACUACAGUGGCAUCACGGACCUGCCAGCUGACUCUUCAACUUUAUCGGACCUCGUUGAAAAUUUCUUCCCUUCACUCAAAUCAUCAGUGGCACAAAUCUCGGCUCACAAAAAUACCAGCCGCAUAGUUCCACAUUUCACGAGGCUUUUCACUCCUUGAAAGAACCUCUGCGAAAGAAAGAUGUUUGAGGUACCUGACGCAAAACGAGUGAGAAGAGAUGAGCUCUUCGGUUCAGGGACGUCCGAUCGUGGCUCCAGUCCGGACACAGCGGACGAAGCCGAAGUGGAAGCCAAGGCUCAGCUACUCAAUGCCAAACUCUCUAGCUUGCUCUCAUUGAAGUUUGAGUUUGAUGACGGUGCGGCGCGUGAUGAUGAUGCCACUACUGCGGCUAGAGAGCCGACAGAAGCUUCGGCCAAGCAACAUGAGGUGGCCAGGGAGAAGACCCAGAAGAAGGAGAAGGAGACGAAGCAAACAAGUCAAGGUGACGCCGGGUCCUCGGAUGAGGAUGAUGAUGGAAGUGACGAAGAGGACACACCAAUGCAAGACCAGGCGCCACUCGAAGAGGAGGAAGAAGCCGCCGAAUUCGAGUUUCGCCUCUUCUCCACCUCAGCCCCUCAAAAGAUCGUCCUCCCUUCCAAGGACGAAGAGGAUGGCGCAGGCGAGACGGUCAUCGCUGACCGACCUAUAUCCUACUACAUACGCGGCGAGCUCACGCCUGAGGAGCAAGAACAGUUCCGGGCCGCAGCCGUGACUAGCCAAGACAUUCUGAACUGGGCCAAGCAGCGGGCGUGGGGACUUGAGGUGCCGUGGAGGGUGAGGAAGAUUGUCGUUACAGUGAAGGGCAAGAAAGCAGACAGGGCAGCGGCAGCAACAGCUCUACAUGGUCAACCGGUGGCCACGGGGACCGAAGUUCAACAACAAGCAGGCGGUAGUGAACAGCAGAAAAAGAAAAAGAAGCGGCUCGGAAAGAAGGGGAGAAUUGCCAUGAGGAUCAAGGAGAAGGCGAGGAAGGAAAAGGAGGAGGCGGAGCAGAAGCAGAAGAUGACCAAGGAGGAACACUUGAAGGAGAAGAAGAAGCGGUUGAAUAGGGAGAAGAAGCUCAAGAGGAGACAGAAGGAGAAGGAGAAGAAGAUGGCAGGCAAAGCGGGAAGUUCGGUGGGUGAUGCUAUGUCUGCGGUUGGGCAGGAUUCGGAUUCAGAGUGAAAAGGAUGAGAAAGAGAACAAGAUGGUUGAGUAACCGACUCGUUGGUGGUGGGUUAGUAAUUGUACUUGUAUUCGUGGUGAUACUUGGGGAGCUGAAGAUAAUGCAGGCCGUGUGUAGCAGCAUCUAUACUAAAGCGAUGACUGCCUCUUGUAGACAAAGGAAGCCCUGAAGCCCUGAAGCCCUGAAGCCCUGUAGCCACGCUCUCGGCAUGGUACCUAGUUCCCAGGUUCAUACAGGGGAUAAUCCGAGCACUCCCGU